GCGCUAUGGUAAGUUAGUAAAUGGCAACAUCGAUCACUGCCCGACUCGACUCGAUAACCUAAAAUUCUAUUAUUUAUAAUAAAUGAGAGAAUUAUUUUAAAUUAAGCAUUCUUUCAAUAUUCCACUAAAAAUAUAUCCGUUUAUUUAAAACUUAUAUUUUUUAAUAGGAAAUAAAUAAAAAAAAUGGCUGCUGUUCCUGAAAUGAGUGAAGCUGAUCAAAUUAAAACGUUCAAGGAUUUUUUGGUCCAAUAUAAUAAGUUAUCUGAGCUUUGUUUCAACGACUGCGUUCAUGAUUUUACAUCUCGAACUUUAAGAUCAGCGGAGGAAAAAUGUACAAUCAAUUGUAUGGAGAAAUAUUUGCGGACAAAUCAAAGAGUCUCACAAAGGUUCCAUGAAUUCCAAAUGAUUGCCAAUGAGAAUAUGUUAGCAUUAGCUCAAAAGUCUGGAAAUCCUAGCUAAGUUCCUGUGUGUUAUGUAUUUAUUGUUAGAUUAUUUUGUUUUCAUUAUUGAUGAUUAAAGUAUUGUUGAAUGUAAUUCUGACCAAA